UAUGAGAUCAAAUUCAACAGCUUAUACACCUUAAAAUCCUGAAAUCUUCCAUAAAGGACAUAUUCAUUUCUUUGAUUUAUUGUCUUCAUUCCAUGGAUUAGAAGAUCAACCAGACUAUCCAGUUUAAUAAUAAACAAUAUAAGAUAAGCUUAGACAUUAAUACCUUCAUGAUAAUAAUUGGGAAGAUAGUAUCAAACAAUUUAUUAUCAUUUAGAAUUAUGUUAUAGAACAUGUUUCAAAAUUUAAGAGAAGGAUUAUGUAUAAUUCUGUCUCGAUAAGAAAUGUUCAGGCACUCCUUAUUUGAAGGCAGCUCAAAUUUUGGGAUAUGUUAAAACUGGAAAUCCAACACCUAAAGCACAUGGACACCAUCAUCAUUGAUU